UUUGCCAGAACCCUCAAACCUGCAUCAAUCAUCCUCUACAUUGCUCAAUUCCCAGCAAGAAAGAGAGUUCCUUUCUUGCACCCUUUUGUCCCUUGUGCAUGCUCUGCAUGCUCCUGAGGAUAAUUGAGACGAAAGCAUUGAGAUUAUGUCUUUGUUGAGCAAAAGCUUGUAACAAAGAGAUAGGAUUACACAGAAUGAGGGACCCUGAUUGGAUCAGAGCUUCCAUUAUACAAAACCUUUGCCAAGUUAAUUGAGUUUUUCUUCUUCUUCGUCCGAAUACAUUCUCUUUGUACAGCAAAAUCCUAGAAAUUGUGUACAUUGUAUUGCAUAGAAUCCUGGCUAUCAAGGAUUAUAGAUACCGUCUCAGUCACUCUGGCAUUGGUUUCCCAUAGAAAUGGGAAUGAGAUGGAACAUAUUUAGAUUUUGGCUCAGAAUUUAUGUUUGCUUAAUUGCUCUUUGGGGAAUCCAAGAGUGUUGCUCUCUUAAUGACGAAGGAAUAGCUUUGUUGGAGUUCCGGGCAAGAAUAACUUCUGAUCCUUAUUUUGCUUUGGCAAAUUGGAAUCCAAAUGAUUGUGAUCCCUGCAAGUGGUUUGGUGUUCGUUGUGUUGAUGGUAAAGUGCAAACAUUGGACCUUAAAGGACUAUCUUUGGAGGGGAUAUUGGCUCCUGAGCUUGGAAAGCUUAGUCACUUAAAAUCUCUCAUUUUGCGCAAGAAUAACUUUUCGGGCGCUAUUCCGGAAGAACUUGGAGAUCUAGCCAAGCUGGAGCUAUUGGAUUUAAGGGAAAAUAACUUGAGUGGAAUUAUCCCAACAGAAAUUGUCAGGUUGUUAUUGCUAAAACACUUGUUGCUUUGUAACAAUAACAAUGAAUGUGGUGGUUCUCAAUAUGACAAUGAUGGUGGGUGUUCUCAAUAUGACGAUGAAGGUGGUGGUUCUCAAUAUGAUGGAGAGUUCAGAUUUAAAUCACUACUUGUUGCCAAUUUUUCAGAACCUCUAACAACAUUGGUUGCAUGCAUCAAUAGAAAGUUUGGACACUGUGUGUGGAAGAGCAACUUGAAGGAAUGGAACGAACCAGAUUCAACGGUUAACCAAAUUAAAGUAACAAUUGCAAACUACCUCAGUGCUGUUGUGCUGCAACUGUUUAAGCUAGGAAAGCAUACCCUAGAUGGAAAUGAAGAGAAUUGUUGCGACCUUUUAACCGAUUCUAAUGAGAUAGACAACGUUGAAAACGUACCGGAUCUAGACAAUUCGGCACGUAGGAAGCUACUUGAUCAGUCCAGUAACCUUGCAGCCGCGCCAUAUAGUGGCGAGGCUAAUAUAGGGAUCAGCACUGAUCCAGUUACACAAAGCAGUGGGGGGUUCCCAGCUGUGCCAGCUGCAAAAGAGGAGCAGAAUCAAGCACCUCCACCUCCACAGCUGCAGCCACCUUCUGAUCCUAAAAGUGAUGCUUCUUCUAGUGCAAAUAAACCAAGUCAGCAACCACAUUCAGAUAAUGGUUCCUCUGGGAAUUGGAGGAAGUAUCUUCUUAUUAUUGCACUUGUGAUUGUGUUGGUCAUUGUUAUCAUAAUCAUUAUUUGCAUUUGGCGUAAAAGAGCAGUGAAGGUAAUAAAACCAUGGAAGACAGGAAUAAGUGGACAGUUGCAAAGGGCAUUCAUAACAGGAGUCCCGAAGUUGAAUAGAGAUGAACUAGAGACAGCUUGUGAGGAUUUCAGCAAUAUUGUUAGUACUAAGUAUGAUGAGUGCAUCAUAUACAAAGGAACCCUGUCCAGUGGAGUUGAGAUCGCUGUCGUUUCUACUGUGAUUAAAUCUGCCCAAGAUUGGUCAAAGAACACAGAGUUGAACUACCGGAGAAAGAUUGAUUCUCUGUCCCGAGUAAACCACAAGAACUUUGUUAACCUUAUUGGCUACUGUGAGGAAGAAGAACCAUUCACAAGGAUGAUGGUGUUGGAGUAUGCUCCGAAUGGAUGCCUAUUUGAGCAUCUGCAUGUUAGGGAAGUUGAACGUCUCAAAUGGAGUGAAAGGAUGAGGAUAAUCAUGGGCACUGCCUAUUGUCUUCAAUACAUGCAUCAUGACCUGAACCCACCAGUAACACAUACUGACCUUAAUGCACAUUCGAUCUUUUUGACAGAUGACUUCGCCGCUAAGAUUGCUCAGACCACAUUCCGGAAUAUCGUAACACGCUCUGAGGCAAACAAAGAGAGGAGAAAGAAAUCUGAGUUGCCACCCCAUGAUGAUCCUGAAACCAAUGUCUAUUGCUUUGGGGUGCUGUUGCUAGAGAUCGUUUCUGGGAGAUUACCUCACUCUGUAGAACAAGGCAGCCUUGUUGAUUGGGCUGCUGGGUACUUGAACGACAAGGGAAGCUUCAAAUAUCUGAUUGAUCCAACUCUGCAAUCUGUCAAAGACAAUGAACUUGAUGUCAUAUGUGAGGUGGUCAAAGAAUGUAUCCAACCUGAUCCAAGGUUAAGACCAACAAUGAGAGAAAUCGCAAUCAAAUUAAGGGAAGCUCUUAGAAUAUCACCUGAGCAAGCAGUUCCAAGAUUGUCUCCACUUUGGUGGGCUGAAUUGGAGAUCUUGUCAGUGGAAGCCACUUAAUUAAGUUUUAUCUGACUCUCUUCUAUUUGGUUUUUGUUCAUAGUCAAGUGUCUCUUUAGCCUUUUAUCAAGCAGCAAGAGUGCAAGUUAGGAUAUUUGCUAGUCAAGUUCUUUUUGCUCCGUUCUCUUUGGUCUUGAUCCUUAAGACCUUAGCCACUCAUGUCUCAACGGAAGUGUGUUUGUGUUGUUGAUCAACUAUGGGAUCUAAAAAUUUUAAUUUAGUAUUGGGAAUUUGGGAUGUUGAUCCCCACUCCCUAUGCAACUUUUGAAUAGGUGAGUAUAGCUCUAUAGAUUAUUGAAUUGUUCAUGUAAUGAAAUGAAACUAGUACUUUCUUGCUCGCUUGAUCUGUGA